CCAGGCCAGCCAAGAGAUAUAAUCUCUCCAGCGUGUCCUGGGUCUGCCCCGGGGCCUCCUCCCGGUCCUGCAGACCCCCCUGUGAAUCGCUACCUAAUCGUGGUGGAGGGGUUUGAUGUUCCAGGGAUCCCGGGGGUUGUGUUGUCCAGGGGCUUCUGUCCCCUAGUAGGGUAUCCCAUGAGAAAUUGGUCCUGGGUGAGCGACCAGACAAAGAGUGAUUCAGAAGACCCCUAUGAGAAGAACACUUAGGGAACAGUUCACCCUGCCUAGGGUUACCGGGGCCCCGCCCUGGAGCCAGGUCCGGGGAGGGUGCCCGAGGGUGAGUGCCUGGUGUCCGGGUCUAGUCCGUGGGGUCCGGCCGGGCACAGCCCGAAAAAGGGACAUGGAUCCAUCUUCCUGCAGGCCCACCACCCGCAGGAGACAUCGUAGGGGUCGGGUACAUUGUGUGCCGGGCGGCGUCCAGGAGCGGAGGACCAGGCGGACCGAUCCCCAGCUACCAAGACUAUAUUUAAAGAGUUUCCUCAACAAUAAACUGGAUGAGCUUAUGAAAUCCAGUUUGGCUUAUGCACAUUAUAAAAAGAGGCUCAGAGAUGUGACUUUGUCAGACUUCAACUAUGAGUUGUUUUAAAGUGUUUCCCCUUUUACAAUCAACAUGUGGUUUCACUGUAAAAUUAAGAUCUGUCCAGUACAGUAAUCAGGUGUGAACAGUACUUGAUGUUGUAACGAGGGCAAUUUGCAUAAUUAAGAAAAAACUACACAAAAAACAUUAACAUACAGUACAUAUAUAAAUAAUACAAGGACAGCUAAAGUAGCAUAUCUACUGUCAAGGUUGGCAAAAAAAUAAUCUAUAAACAUUUGAAAACAUUUAAUUGCUGACAUAGUCAUUUCAGUAUUUUCCCGUCAUGUGACAACAUCUUAUGACUUCCCAUUUUUGCAUCUAAAAGCAGAUGUGCUGGUUUCAAAAUCAGAAAGCAGCAGAUUUCAGAUUUCCCUUUUGUCAGUCGCUGCUGUGUUGACUUCAGCUGCACGAGUCACUCAGGAUGAUCUCACACUUUAGUUUAUCCUCACAGAUUUUUGUGCUUGUUUGUUGCACAGUUUGUGGUGCUGACAUUUCAUGUAGAAAUGAAGAUGGCGAGGCAGUCGAUUGGUUUAUCAUCUACAAACUGCCUAAACACAGAAUCGAUGACAUCGGCAGCGGGGUGGAGUACAUGUACUUGGAUUCAUCAAAAGAAGGCUGGGAAAUGAGUAAAUACAUGAUUAACUCCAGCCAAGGAGCCAUAACAAACACACUGAACCAGCUUUACAUGGGAAAAGAGUACAAGUCAAACACCUCAGUGUAUGCACUCUAUAACGACGGCCCACCAGACCUGAUAUACAUUCAAAAAUAUGGACACACUAAAGGGGCACUGCUCUUUGACCGCUCUCAAGGUUUCUGGUUGUCGCACAGCAUUCCCCAUUUCCCCUCCUUCCCCGAGAAAGGGUACCUUUACCCUUCCUCUGGCAAAUUCUAUGGCCAGACUGCACUGUGUGUGACCUACCAGUACCAACAGUUUCUUCAUAUAGCAAAGCAGUUGGUCUACCUUUACCCACGUUUCUAUAACUGCUCUGUUCCUGCUGCAUUCUUGGCUGACCUGCCACAGCUGGCCCAGUUAUGUGCAGACUCCAAACCACAGCUGUCCUCAAAUAAGAGAGUGCAGCAGCUUUUUUCAGCCGGAGGGGAAAAGUUUGUCAGUUUUGCUAAAUCUGAAAACUUUGUGGAUGAUAUCUACACAGGCUGGGUGGCUCAGGAACUGGGCGCCGACCUUUUAGUGGAGUCCUGGCAGAGACAAGGUCACGACCUGCCCUCCAACUGCUCGCUGGCCAAACACACCAUGAACAUUAAGAAAAUCCAGCUUCCCAGAUCAAUCCUGUUUUAUUCGCACAACGACCACUCAAAGUGGUGCGUGUCACAACUUUAUGAGGACCGGGUGACCUGCCUGGGAGACCUGAACAGAGAGAUGGGCCAGCUGUGGCGAGGUGGCGGUCUGAUCUGUUCCUCCAACCCUUUGAUUUAUAAGGCCUUCAGGCAGGUGGUGGAUUGGUACAUUGAUUGCUAACUGAGAAGGAAAAGCAAAGUGAUUAAGAAUCAGUGUGAGACUGGCUGACAGUGUGAGACUGGCUGACAGUGGCAGAGCGAGACACUAUGAUUCUGCCUCCAGGGUUGACUGCUAUGUAGAAGUGACAUAAAGACUCACAUAUAAUAAUGUAUGUGUAUAAUUCAAUUAAAUUUUAUAUAUACAGCUCCAAAUCACAACAACAGUCGCCCGAAGGCGCUUUAUAUUGUAAGGUAGACCCUACAAUAAUACAUACAGAGAAGAACCCAACAAUCAUAUGACCCCCUAUGAGCAAGCACUUUGGCGACAGUGGGAAGGAAAAACUCCCUUUUAACAGGAAGAAAGCUCCGGCAGAACCAGGCUCAGGGAGGGGCGGGGCCAUCUGCUGUGACCAAUAAUGAUGUAUUUACAAUUUAAACUGGUGAAUAAGCUUUUGAAAAAUAGCAGUGACUGCAUGUUAAUUAUGUGGUGGAUACACUUAGUUAUCCACCUUUAUUUGAGUUAAAGCAGCUGUAUGGAACCAGCAGCCCACAAGUAUAAAUACAUAAAAAAAAUAAUACUUUCAAUUCAAUAAAACAAAACAGAAAUAAGAUUAGUAAGACUAUAGAUCACAGCCGCACAUUGUUGCUGGAGAUGUUAGCAGCUGUGUGUUUAAACAACCAUGUCUGCACAGUGUCUUGUUCCUUUUACAAAAGGAGCAAGAGACAAAAUUAUUGAUCUAAGUCGCUUCCUUUCAUCCAGCAGAGAUGCAACUAUAACACUAUUAGUGCUACAGAUAAAAGCUUUUGUAAUUUUCUUUUGAAUUUGGGUGUUUGUUGGUGUUUUGUUGAUUGUGCCAUCAAGAACUUGUAUUCAUAUCAUUUUAGCACAGUAUGUGGACUUGUGUUAUGAUGCUACAUAUUUGAAGUUGUUUUUAAGUUUUAUAAGUUCUGCAAUAAAUAUAUGGAACCAUA